GUGAAAAGGGGAAGGAAGGGCAAUAAUAUCCUCACAUUACAGCACAUGCUGCUUUUACCUCACACACAGAUAUGGGUUUUGAUGGACAGCUAUAAGUUUUUUUUUUUUCCCCACAAAUCCACUGCCUGAGCGACAGUGAAUGUAAAGUGUCAUUGUCAGGCUCGCCUUUCUCCUUGGGGCUGACAGUGACAUCAACACCCUCGCUCUUGUCAGCUUGACUGCAUCUGUACUUGUGGAAUAAUGACGGAGCUCAGCAUGGCUGAGAAUGUCUUAUUGGAUAGACUGCUCAGUAGUCCCCCCAAUAAGCCUUUUUUCAAGAGACGAUGCUUAAGUGAUACCUCGGACCUGUUUGCCAUGAUCGAGAGGUUGCAGGGUUACAGAAUGGAUGAGCAAAGAUGUCCCCUCCCUCCUCCCCUCAAAACAGAAGAAGACUACAUCCCUUAUCCCAGCGUUCAUGAGGUUCUGGGUCGCAGCAGUCCUUUUCCACUCAUACUCCUGCCCCAGUUUGGAGGCUACUGGAUUGAGGGGACCAAUCAUGAACCUAAAGACCCACCAGAGGCAGAUCAACCUCUCUGUUCUACCUCCCACAUUAAACUGGAAACAAACAGUACUGCAAAGAUCUACAGGAAGCAGUUCAUGGGCAAGGAACACUUUAAUUACUACACCAUGGAUGCUGCCCUGGGCCACUUGGUCUUUUCAAUGAAGUAUGAUGUCAUUGGGGAUCAAGAGCAUCUGCGCUUGAUGCUUCGCACAAAACAAAAAACUUAUCAUGAUGUGAUUCCCAUUUCCUGCCUUACUGAGUUCCCCAACGUGGUUCAGAUGGCCAAGCUUGUUUGUGAAGAAGUAAACGUGGAUAGGUUUUACCCUGUCCUCUAUCCGAAGGCAUCAAGGCUCAUUGUCACCUUUGAUGAGCAUGUAAUUAGCAACAAUUUCAAGUUUGGGGUUAUUUAUCAAAAGUUUGGUCAGACAUCAGAGGAGGAGCUAUUUGGGAACAUGGAAGAAAGUCCAGCCUUUGUUGAGUUCUUGGAGUUUCUGGGCCAUAAGAUUGAACUUCAUGACUUUAAAGGUUUUCGGGGGGGACUCGAUGUCACUCAUGGCCAGACAGGGACAGAAUCCGUCUACACACAUUUUCACAAUAAGGAGAUCAUGUUUCAUGUGUCCACCAAACUGCCUUACACAGAAGGAGACUCACAGCAGCUGCAGAGAAAGAGACACAUAGGCAACGACAUUGUGGCCAUCGUGUUCCAGGAGGAAAAUACGCCCUUUGUACCAGACAUGAUCCAGUCCAACUUCCUGCAUGCAUAUGUGGUGGUGCAGGUGGAAAAUGCAUGUACAGACAAUGUCACCUACAAGGUUUCUGUGACAGCAAGAGAUGAUGUACCCUUCUUUGGGCCUGCUUUGCCUGACCCUGCCAUCUUCAAAAAGGGCCCUGAGUUUUAUGAGUUCCUCUUCACUAAACUCAUUAAUGCAGAAUACGCCUGCUACAAGGCUGAGAAGUUUGCCAAGUUAGAGGAGCGAACUCGUUCGGCACUUUUGGAAACCCUAUAUGAGGAGCUGCACAUAAACAGUCAGUCCAUGAUGGGUCUGGGUGGCGACGAAGAUAAGCUGGAGAAUGGGGGUGGAGGAGGUGGAGGAGGAGGAGGAGGCUUCUUUGAAUCAUUCAAGCGGGUCAUCCGCAGCAGAAGCCAGUCUAUGGACGCCAUGGGCCUCAGUAACAAGAAGUCACACACAGUCUCCACUAGUCACAGUGGCAGCUUUACCCACAAUCCCGCAGAGAGUCCCAAAACCCCAGGGAUUUCAUUGCUUGUCCCAGGGAAAAGUCCCAGUAAAUAUGGACGUCGAGGCAGUGCCAUAGGGAUAGGAACAAUAGAAGAGUCAUUGAUCAUUCCUGGGAAAAGCCCAACCAGGAAAAAGUCUGGGCCGUUCAGCUCCCGUCGCAGUAGUGCUAUUGGCAUCGAGAACAUCCAGGAGGUCCAAGAGAGGAGCCGAGAAGUAUCACCCAACACCCAGAGGACACCAGAGAGUAGCCACAUGUCACAGGAAAACAAAUCAGACAACUCCUCCAAUCACAGUUCUCCAGAGUUUCCUACCACAAAGAACAGUUUGGCAAUGUGUUGCAGGGCACCAUCUAUCCCUGAGGCGCAGGACCUUUCCCGCUCCUCCUCCAAUGCCAGCAGCUUUGCCAGCGUCGUGGAGGAGCAUGAAGCAGAAGAGGAGUACGACACUGGACUGGAAAGUGUGUCGUGUGUUACACCAGUCAAAAAAGAUUCAUUUGUGUACAGCUCUGGGGUGGAGGACAGUACCAGCCAAGGAAAUCUUCCAGCAGCUUCACGUCUCCAGCAGCAACCGGACGCAGCGAGGACAUUAGAACCAAAAGGGACAGACAGCCGGUCAAAGAUGGAGCGCACUCAGCAGGAGCACAAAUUCUCAUCGAACUGUUAGCCACUCUGUCGCCCCAUCAUUGACAUCCAUUUUUCAGCAUUCCAAUAAGGGGCAUCUUUGUCUAAAAGAAGCAAGCCAAGGGCAUGUCAACUCCAUCAAUGCAGAAAAGGAGCAGUUAGAAGCCAGAUCAAGCAACUGACAGAUCAUACUUUUUAUGUUUGACUUGGAUCUGCUGCGUGACAUGACAGACACCCAGACACCUACCUACCACCAUCUCCAUGCGAAAACCUCCGUUUUGUUCAGUACAAAGGAAAAGGACCUCUGCACUCAUGCAGCAUCUCUCAGCUGGCAAUGCACAGUACAUGUGCCCGCCUUCUCAUUCUUCAGGCCAGUAAGCUCCGAAACCUAAUUCUUACUGUAAAAACUCAAAGAUCGGGAUUCAAAUGGAGAUUUAAUCUUGUCACUGAAAGAGUGGUUAAAGAAAUCCACACAGCUGGUGUUUGUUCAGCCUGUAAAGAGUUGAACUACAGAAGAAAGCUUUGUUUUUUAAUGUCAAACUCACAUCCCACUGUGAUAUUGGUUUGACUUUGAUGUAUCAGGUGUAUGUGGCUGCAUCUAAGGCCGCAUUUUGUCUUUAAAUGUUGAUGUAUUCUUUUCCGAGUAUUCUUCAGUAGAUAUUUGUUGUGUUUUACAACUUCAGCAAGAGUAUGUCAUGUUUUAAUCAAGGGUACUUUCAUGAUGCUGUUGCUGGUGGAUGUAAAAACUAUUAUUCACCUUUCUCAUUUUUAAUUGAUGGGUUACAUAUAAAAGACAAAAACUGUGCCACAGUGAAAAAGAGACCUAUUUUAAGAGAAACGUUGACCCUAUUGGUUUAGUUUAAGACAAAAGCAGAGCUACUGUAGUGUCCAAACCAGCGACACGCAUCAUCAAAUUUGCAAACUUAAAGCAGUUCUUUGAACUUUUCAAAGAUCUUUUUCACACCCCAUUUGUUGAUGUCUGUGUACAGGUGUGUAUACAGCAGUAAUGUGUAUGGUGUAAAUCUGCUUGUCAAAAUCCUCUCCUCUGUAAACUGGUGCCAUGCUUGACAUAAAGGUGUUGUCCUUGUGAUUUGUGUUUUACCGAAAAACCAGCCGACAUCUCCAGAUGCAGUGCACACUGCUAAUAGAGAGCCAAAUGUCAAAGUUUCCUACUUUGUAUGUAAAGUGUAAUAUAUGUAUGUGACUUAAACACUACAUUUUCAGAGAUACUCCUGAACGUUGACCUUUUUGAAAAACCCGAUUUGUUGCUGAAAGUAAAUUACACUGUGACUCGUCUUGAAGUUGCCUUUAUGACUGUCAUGUGAGCUGCUUUAAAGAAGGGUUAUUUUUAAAGGCACUGUGCUGCUGCCUGAUUGCUUGAAUGUAAAAUGAGGCAGAGAUGGAUUCAUUUGUACAUAUUUGCUCACAAUAGUUGUACUGUGUUGAUUCCUGACGACAGUAAACGAGCAGAGAAGCUUUUUUUUUUUAAGUUAGUUGUGAAGGAAAAAGCUCAUAUAGGGAUGAUUUAUUUCAGUGACGUGACUGAAGCAGACCUUUGUCUUUUGUGAAUUAACGACAGCAUUUAUAGUUAAAGAGACAAAAAGUUUAAAACACUGGACCAAAUGUACUGUUUAAUGUACUCAUCAAGUUGUUUAUAGCAUAAAUCACUCUCAAUACAACACAUGCACAGAAAAA